AAAAAAAAGUAAGGCACAGAGUAGCUAGCUCAGCCUGGGACUCAAAAAAGGAUGUGGGUGCUGUGGCUUGCGUUGCUGCUCCUGGGCACAGCAGUGUUGGUGGUGGGCGAGGGAGAUGAGUGCAGUGAGGAGCUGAGGAGAGAUGAGUUCCCUCAGCACUUCACUUUUGUGCUCUGGCAUCUCAGCUUACCAGGUGGAAGGAGCAGCAGCUGAGGAUGGCAGGAGCCCGAGCAUAUGGGACACCUUUGUUCAUAAUGGGCAUGCGCCGGGAAGGAGUAACGGGGAUGUAGCCUCAGAUGGGUAUCACAAAUACAAGGAGGAUGUCAGGUUGAUGAAGGAAACAGGGCUGGAAGGAUACAGGUUCUCUAUUUCCUGGUCAAGGCUGAUUCCUAAUGGGAGAGGAGAUGUAAAUCCCAAAGGCUUAGAAUAUUACAACAACCUCAUCGAUGAGCUAAUUACUCAUGGAAUUCAGCCUCAUGUCACUCUUUUCCACUAUGAUCUCCCUCAAGUUCUAGAAGAUGAAUAUCAAGGAUGGUUGAGCCCAAGGAUUGUGGGUGAUUUCACAGAGUAUGCAAAUGUGUGCUUUGGAGAGUUCGGAGAUAGGGUCUCACAUUGGACAACCUUAAAUGAACCAAAUGUGAUGGCAGCUGGAGGUUAUGAUACCGCCAUUUUCCCACCCGGGAGGUGCUCUUACCCCUUCGGCGCCUCCAAUUGCUCCCAUGGUGACUCUGUUCAUGAGCCUUACAUUGUUGCUCAUAACUUCCUACUAGCACAUAGCUCAGUGUACUCACUUUAUAAGAGAAAAUAUCAGGCCGAGCAACAAGGAUCAGUAGGCAUAAACAUCUUUAUAUACCAUUAUGUGCCCAAAACCAAUUCAAUGGAGGACAUGCUUGCAACAAAAAGAGCCCAAGAUUUCCUUACGGGCUGGUUCAUGCAGCCACUUGUCCAUGGUGAUUAUCCAAACUCUAUGAAGAAGCUUGUAGGCGACAAGAUCCCGAAAUUCUCAAAGGAUCAAUGGAGGAAACUUAUCGGUGCCUUUGACUUUAUAGGAGUGAAUUACUACAAUACUCUUGGUGUGAAGGAUAAUACCAAAAAUAUACCACAGGACCAGAGAGACUUUAUGACUGAUCCCUUGGUAGAAUUCUCAGUGGUGGAUCGCGAUGAAUCUGGCGCUAAGAUUUUGACAGCAUAUGGCCUUCAAGGUGUUUUGGAGCAUCUCAAGCAAAACUACGGUAACCCUCCUAUCUACAUUCAGGAAAAUGGAUAUCCUAUGCCGCAUGAUGCGACUCUCGAUGACGCUCCAAGGGUAAAAUACCUAUGUGCUCACGUAGGAAGCUUGCUCAAUGCCAUCAGGAAUGGAUCUAAUACGUUGGGAUACUUCACAUGGUCGUUCUUGGACUUGUUCGAACUUAUGGAGGGGUACGAGAGUUCUUAUGGCAUGUACUAUGUGGACUUUGAGGAUGAAGAACUGAAGAGGUACCCUAAGCUCUCUGCGCGUUGGUACACCAAUUUCCUCAACCGGGAACAGACUGUUAUUCGCGAAAACAAUCCAACGUCUGCAUCUAAUUCAUCGUAUGCUUGAUACGAUCAACAUAACCAAGCUGAAACUCUUGCCUUUGCUACGUUUAGUUCGAGAUUGUAACGAUUUUAUGGUAAACUCGGUUUAUUUCGUUGUUCUUGUGUACCUGUUACAGUUCAGUUUUUAAAAGUGAAUGUUCAACUAGGAUGUGUGCAA